ACGCACACACCGAGCAAACAGUGCGCGCGCGCGCGUGUGUGCUUGCACUUUGGAUUUGAGCAGAGCAGAUCGAAGAUGGCGUCCGUGCGUUUGGCGCUGCUGCUGCUAAUGUCGUUCCGACUCCGGGCCGCCGACGUCGUCGAGGGCGACGCGGGUGGCGUGCGGGUGCCGCGGCGGGAGGCGUCCGACGUCCUGAGGCGCCAACGCCGCUUCAACGGCGGCCCGUUCGAGGAGUGGAAGGCGGGAAAUCUGGAGCGGGAAUGCCGGGAGGAAAGCUGCAACUUCGAGGAGGCCCGCGAGAUCUUCGAGGACGACGGCAAAACCAUGGAAUUCUGGGCGGGAUACGCCGACGGCGACCAGUGCGAGGCGGCCCCGUGCCAGAACGGCGGCGUCUGUCAAGACGGCGUCAAUUCGUACUCGUGCUGGUGUAACGCGAGCUUCACCGGGAAAAACUGCGAGAUCGAGGUCACCAAGCAGUGUUCCAUCAACAAUGGCGGCUGUUCUCACUUCUGCAAGAUGAAGUCCAACUCGGUGCGCUGCCACUGCGCGCACGGCCACAAGCUGGCGGCCGACCGAAGGACGUGUGAGGCCGCAGGCGAGUUCAGCUGCGGCGUGACGGGCGAUCGGUCGGCCCACGCGCCGCGUUCGUCCAACCGCACCGCCGCCGGCGACCCCGACGACGACGUCAUCCCGCACGAGUGGCUGGACUACGAGGACGGGGACGAGCCGGAGGCCGGCGCCGGCGUCGCCGACGCCUCCGCGGGGUCCCGCGUCAGGAGGCGGUCGUCCUUUUUCCCGACGCUUCCCAGCAUCGCGGCGGAGGAACAGAGCGACCAGAGGAUCGUGGGCGGCUACGAGGCCAAAGCGGGAGAAGUCCCCUGGCAGGCGGCGCUGAUCUCCCACUCGGCCGGGACGGAGAAGGCGGAGCCCUUCUGCGGCGGCUCGCUGCUCAGCGACAUUUGGGUCCUGACGGCGGCGCACUGCGUCGUCGAGGUCCGGAUGGCGGGACUCACCUUCUUCGUGCGCCUGGGCGAGCACGACGUGCAGGCCGACGAGGGUUCGGAGCGUGACCACGAGGUGGCCGAAGAACUGGUCCACAAGUCGUACGAGUUCCAGAAGUCGCGCUUCAACCACGACGUGGCGCUGCUCAGGCUGGCCGUCCCGGCGGAGAUGUCGCCGCGGCGCCGGCCCGUCUGCCUGGGACCCAGGGCCUUCACGGAGAGCCUCCUGGAGGAGGCGGCCACCUCGGCGGUGAGCGGCUGGGGGCGCGUCCGGGACGGGGGGCUGCUGUCCGGCAAGUUGCGCAAGCUGGACGUCCCCUUCGUGAAGCGCAGCACUUGCAAGGUCAGCAGCGAGCAGCGCAUCACCGCCUUCAUGUUCUGCGCCGGCUUCCGGAACCGCAAGGAAGACGCGUGCCAGGGCGACAGCGGGGGGCCGCACGUCACCCUCCACCGGGACACCUGGUUCCUCACGGGCAUCAUCAGCUGGGGCGAGGGCUGCGCCCAGCCCGGAAAGUACGGCGUGUACACGCGCAUCUCGCGAUACUACGCCUGGAUCAGCAACACCACCGGCAUCAAGACCGACUCGUGAGCACCGGACGCUUCCUCUUCUUCUUCUUCUUCCUCUGUCAGUAGCCACUUCCUGUUCCGAGUUCCAUCGACGGCGCGCAUGCGUAACUAGCUACGGAAACCGCGCUCGACCAAAAUCCAUAGGUGGUACCUAAGCCUAACCCCAAAUGCUCAAUGCAGGUAGUACCGAACCCAAAAUAUGGAAGCAAAGCAAAGCAAAGCAAAUUUAUUGAUUUAGACACGGUAACUCAAUGUGCUUUACAUGAUUAAAAGCAUUUAAAAACAAAGGGGGGGAAAAAAAACAGCUUAUAAACAUUUCAAACAGAGACAAUAAAAUAAAAAUACAAUUAAAACAGCAUCCAGUGCAAGAAAUAUCAUUUCUCAUUUCAAAGUGGAAA